GCGCUUCGUCAGUUGCGUACUCUUCCGUUCAAGCAGCUUAUGACAUUUUUUUCUGUUACUACAAGAUGUUUACUUGGAUGAGCCGUGCGAAUUUUGACGAGGAUCCCGAUAAUUCCGCGUGCAAAGCCGCCAUGAAACUGCUAAGGAGACAACAGUAACUGGAAGGUACGUGAUCCGGCGUGGUUACGGGCGGCCCGGGUAUGUUUAUAGCCUGCAAACUCUGACAUAGCAAUGGCGUACUGUCGCCGUAAAGGCCGUGCCAACAAAAUUCUCCCCUGCCUUAUUUAGCCUAAGUUAAGUGUGCACGCGGGAAACCGACACUAAAACGAGGUUUUGUUUGUGAUGAUACCGCUGAUAGUGACAAGAAGAGUUCGUGAUUUUUGGUGAUGAAAAGUGGCGUUUUUCGGUGAUUAUAGUGCCUCGGUUUUCCCCACUGUGGAAUGAUCGCCGAUUGUCGAGCGGCACGCCAUCCUGCUGUAGCUGACUGAGGUCCAUACUAUAAAGAGAUUAAAAACUAUGACUACAUAGCAACACAGGUCUAGUAGAGGUGCCAUGGAUGAUGAAGAGCGUCUUGAGGGCGAUGAAGAAAUGGAACUAGAUGAAGCCUCUGAUGGUGAAGAUGAAGAUGAAGAAGCAACAGGAAUUCCUGUAUCACCGGCAAAUUCAGAUCAUUUACUUGGCCAUGCACCAACAACUCCUGGUAACAAGGAAGCACAAAAGUUUGUUUCUCUUGCAGUAACCCCAGAUGAAGCUUUUCAUGAUCCUUUAAGGUACCAGAAAUUUCCACUCCCUGGAGGUAAACCUCUGAAUAUUAGGCGGGGUCCAGGUAGACCUAGAAAAGAACGUCCACCUGGAAUUACACGUGGUGGAGGUACUCGUAGACCUUUCGGAAGAGGGACUACUAGAGGGAAAGGUCUUGGAUAUGCAAGAGGUAUACCGCGCCGUACUAAAAGCAAAGAUGAUGAUACACAUUCAGAAUCCCCAAGUCCUCUUCGUCUUGGUGAGGAUGUUACUCCUGAUGGAGAGACAUCUAACACUGAAAGAUGCAUGCCAGCACCAGAAGAACCACCAUAUUUUCCAGAACAAUGGCCAGGGAAAGUAUGUGCUUUAUGUAAUUUGGGUGAAAGAAGUCAAUUAGGUCAGGGUGAGUUGCUAAGAUUUACCUGUCCUGAAGGUUUCACUCCUGAAAAGUCAACUAAUCGUGAUGAAACAACUGAUCAUCUCGUUGAUAUAUCUACCGGAGACAAAAGUCCGCGUGCAGCUGGUCCUGGUGCUGUGACUUGUCGUAGGCAAAAGAGUCUAGCUAAGUGCAGGAAUACUAGUCUAACAAAUUUUUCGGAACCAGUGGAAGAGUUAACUAUAGUGGGAUAUUCGGAAGAACCGGAAAUAGGAACGUUAUUUGAGUCAACUGGGCACUAUUACGUUCAUCAGUCUUGUGCAGUAUGGUCAAGCAACACCCAAGAAUUAACAACGGAAUUAUUGAGUCCAGCGAUAGUACAAGCUUCAUCGAGACGUUGUGCUUAUUGUUCUCAUUAUGGAGCUGGAAUUCCUUGCAAAGUGGCAUCGUGCAAUCGUUAUUUUCAUUUACCAUGUGCUGCAGCCUCAAGUUGUUUUCAGGAUACAAAGAGUUUGUCUCUCUUUUGUAGUCAACAUUUAGGACAAGUUCCACUUUUAUUAAACGGUGAUGUUACUUGUAUGCACUGCUGUGGAAUGGGAGAUGUUUCCAACCUAGUAAUGUGUUCCAUUUGCGGCCAACACUAUCACGGUAGUUGUGUUGGUCUAGCAUUACUACCUGGUGUACGAGCUGGUUGGCAAUGUGUAUCCUGCAGAGUAUGUCAAGUGUGCCGUCAACCAGAAGAUGUUUCAAAAGUAAUGUUGUGUGAACGUUGUGAGAAAGCGUAUCAUCCCGGUUGUUUACGACCAAUUGUUACAUCUAUACCUAAAUAUGGUUGGAAGUGUAAGUGCUGCCGUGUAUGUACAGACUGUGGUUCUCGUACACCAGGUGCUGGUCUUUCAUCACGGUGGCAUUCCCAUUACACUGUAUGUGAUUCGUGUUACCAACAAAGGAACAAAGGUUUUUCGUGUCCUCUUUGUAGAAAGGCAUAUCGGGCUGCCGCGUAUAGAGAAAUGGUUCAAUGUAGUGCAUGUAAAAAAUUUGUUCAUGGUACCUGUGACCCUGAGGCUGAUCCAUUAACUUACCAACAUCGUAAAGACGUUAAACCUGACUAUGAAUAUGUUUGUUUACACUGCAAAAAUAUGGCACUUGUGAAAAGAAAAGAUAAUAUUGAUGAUUAUGGUGGGGAUUUGAGUUUAAGUGUAUCGCAAGAAAGUCUGUAUGGUGAUGGAGAUUCGUCAGAAUUUGAUUAUCAAGGAGGAUCAGAGGAAGCACUGUAUUCUAUAGGUCUUGGAAAAGGAAAACCAUUCUGUGCAUCUAAAAUUGCAAAGAAGCGAUUAGGACUAGGCGGUGGAAUUAUUGGGCGGCCAAAAGGAAUUGGUAAACUUGGAUAUCAAAAGCGACAAAAGAUGACAGAAUUUGGAAGGAAAAGAGGUCCCAAAGCAAAAAUGAGGGGUAUUUUUGGUGUACCUGGUGUAGGAUUGCAGAGACCAAUGUCAGAUUCAUUUUCAAAGGAAGAUGAACCAGGCAUUGAAAAUAGACUUGUAUUAUGUUCUGCAAAAGAUAAAUUUGUAUUGACCCAAGAUAUUUGUGUAAUGUGUGGUGCAAUUGGCACUGACCAAGAGGGGUGUUUAAUUGCUUGUGCACAAUGUGGUCAAUGCUAUCACCCUUAUUGCGCUAAUGUCAAAGUUACUAAAGUAAUAUUGCAAAAGGGUUGGCGGUGCCUUGAUUGUACAGUAUGCGAAGGUUGUGGUGAAAGAAAUGACGAGGGUCGUUUGAUUUUGUGUGAUGAUUGUGAUAUCAGUUAUCAUAUUUACUGUAUGGAUCCACCACUGGAUUAUGUGCCACAUGGUACAUGGAAGUGUAAAUGGUGUGCACAUUGCCAAACAUGUGGUUCAAAUGAUCCAGGAUUCAAUAGUAGUUGGCAAAAAAAUUAUACGCAGUGUGGCCCUUGUGCAUCUCAUACUGCCUGCAUAUCAUGUCAAGAAGCAUAUAAUGAAGGAGAUCUAAUAAUACAAUGCAUUCAAUGCGAGAGAUGGUUGCAUUGCACAUGUGACUCGAUUAAAAGUGAAGCAGAAGCUGAGAAAUGCGCCGAGGAAGGCUAUAUUUGUAUACUUUGUCGUCCAAGAGAUGUUCCACCGCCUCAUCUUUUAUGUAAUCAACCUAAACCACAACCAAAUAAAUAUCCCCGCUCUCCGCCACCUACAUCACGCAGUCCUGAACUCUACAAACCUUCUCCUCAACAAUACUUGGUUGACGGUGUUUAUCUAUCUGAAGCUGGUAUGAAUCAUAUAAAGUCAUUAACAUCAGAACAUCAACAGACAAGAAAGAAAAGGAGAAAAAUGCAUCCUUUAAUUGACAAAGAAGCAGAUAUAAUGGCUACUAUAGAAUCUGUAGUUGCCGGUGGAAGUUUAGAUAAUUCUCUAGAAGAAAAUGGAGGAAAAAUGGAUUUAACAGACGUUAAGGAUGAACCUGCGGAGGUACUCAAAGAAGGCAUGGUAUGGACACCACGUGGUGAUCAGCCACCACCAGAAGGUUUUAGUAUUUAUACGACUGAAAACGGUAUACCAAUUUUAAGACGGAAACGUCAGCGUAAUUUACAAAAAUUAGGCAUCGGAGGUUUUAUCGUUAGACUAAGAGGCACUCGUAAAGAUAAAGAGGAAGAUGGAGAUCCAGAAAAACCAUCAGAUUCCACGGUUGGCAUGAACGAUGAUAAACCACGCAGGAAACCACAGAGAAGAAAGCCAAAAACGAAACUUUCUGAAUGUUUCCCUCUUUACAUGCAAGAGGCGUUUUUUGGUAAAGAUCUUAUGGAUACGACCAAAGACAAGGAAUUGGAAAGUAGCAGUGAAUCAGAUAGUGAGCGAAAUGUAUCAGGCAAUGCGGAUACCAUUCAGUUGUCUCAAGACGAGUUGAAAGCAAUGGAGCAAGUCAAAGCUAAACAAGAGAAAGAAGAAGAGAAACCGCCUCCAGAAGCACCCAUAAAACGUGAAGAAAUUGUAGAUGACGAAGGUAGUGAUACUGAAGCAUUAGGUGACAUUUUACCUAUUUCAGGUGACUUACUUGAUAGCGAUCUUGUUAAUACUAUAAUGAACGAACCAGAUGAAGACUUAGCUAAAGCUAGCGAAGCGUUAGAUGAAUUGGAUGACACACCUGGAACAACUAAAGAUGAAUUGACAGAUAUUCUUAGUCCACAUUUUAAUUUGGAAUCGAUGGUCCGAGAUACAGGUCUACCUAACAUGGACAGUAAAGAUAUUGAAGAAAUAUUCAAGGGCGUUCUAACUGAUGAAUCUCAAGAAUCUCAAGAAUCGUCAGUUUUCCCUGUUCAAACUCAACCUCCACACCCUGCACCUUCAACCACACCACUUGUAUCUCCUUCGCCACAUCCUGGUAUACAAACAACAAUGCCUCCAACAAUACCAAGACCUCAAGUACCUGGUGCAUUACCUCCUGUUCAAUCUAAUCUGAAUUCUCCAAUGAGUUUUCCACCGCCGUCUCCAUAUCAUUCUGAAUAUAGCAAUAGCCCACAAUUUAGUCCAGCUUUCUCUGAACCACCGAGUCCAUGGGUCAAUCCUGAUGAUGAGGGUACCUCAUCAGCAGGUAGCACUACAAUUUCAUACAACCAAAGAAGUAAUCUUAAAAUGGAAGCUGAUGAAGCUUUAGGUCCAGGAGCAACUAUAUCUUCUGUACUUUAUGCAAAUAUUAACCAUCCAGAAUGGAAAACAGAAUAUCCAGCUUGGUCAGAAAGAUGUAAACAAAUAUUAAAGAAGUGGCGUGCAUUGCCUAAUGAUAAGAAAGCUCCAUAUUUAACGCUGGCACGAGAUAAUAGAGCUGCAAUUCGUAUGAAAAAGACUCAACAGAUAUCCAAGGAUAUACCAAGCACGACCCCAGUCACUGCAACAAGUGCACCUACCAUCAUCACCAAACCUGUCACAACUAUGACAUCAGCUCAAGUUUCUCCAGUAGUAGCUAUGGCCUCCAACCAAAAGCAGAUUGGACUUUUGACCUCAGUGGGCAGUGAAAAGACACAAGAAAAGAAUGGAAUGACUGUGUCGACAACAGGAGUGACAGUGUCAACAGUUAGCAGUAAUCAUCAUGCGGAGGUGUGUGCGGUGCAGGGACCGCCGAAGCAGCUAACAUCUUCUUCCCCGAGUCCUUCUCCAACAUCCACGACCCCUUCUUCUUCACCCAGGCCCAGUUCUGUGAAUUCUAUUAAUUCCAUUAACAGCCUGGCGCACCAAGAGAUAUCCGGUAGCCAGGCUAGAGUAGCUCAGUCGCCAGCCACGCCUUGCACAUCAGCAACUGCUUCUUCUUACUGCAACACGGGCGCCGGUGAAGGGCAGCAUCAAACGUCACCAUCCCAGCAACGUCCUACACCUGCUCACAUUACGAUCAGUACCAGUACUAUUGCUAAUAGUCUGAGCAUUUCUCAGGCAUCCCCCACUACCAACGUUAUGGUGGGGGUUGGUCCUGUUCGCCAAUUAUCCUCGGUAGACCACCAGAUUAGAGUGCUCACCCCAUCUGAAAUCAUGCGCACCCUUCCUUCCCUCAGCCAGGAGCACUACGAUCCGCCACCCACUGCAAUUAUUCACACUGUACCUGUACAGUCCCCGGCCAUGGAACAGGAGAGACUUUCCAAUAGAGAUCGUUCCAGUAGAGAAGCUGAACAAGAACGUCAAUGGAAACAACUACAAGCAUUACGUCAACAACAAGCACAGAUGCAGCAACAAGUUAUUCACGAACAACGUGUGCAUGCUAUCAAUAGAGUUCAUAGACAAAUAAGUGAAGAUAACACGAAUCAAAUAAAUGCUGACAAUACUUCUGGACUAACAACACAAUUACAAGUCUCCACAUCACAGGAUGGAAAUCAUAUGGGACCAUUAGCUUCACCAUCUCCCGGUUCAUGUAAUACGUUUGCGACUCCUCCUGUGAAAGUUACACGUGGCUUAGCACCACAAAGCCCUCAUCAGGGUAUGCCACGUUUACCCACUCAACCUUGCACGACCAUGACACGUCCAGUUGGGACUGUGGUUAGACCAGGAAUGCCAAAUAAUUUUACACAACCGCCCUCUCCAUUUUCUCCACAAGCACCACAGUCUCCUCAUGAUUUUCCACAGUCUCCAGCUUCAUCGCAAUCCCAGGAACAUUUUCAACGUUUUGACAAUACCGAAGCUUACUCCCAGGGUUCACAAACAUCUAGGUCACAAAUUAGUGGCACACCAUCGUAUUCCACAUCGCCAAGAAGCGAUGUUUUUUCUCAACCGCCAGGUACACCACGGCCUAUGUUUAAUGCCCCUACCACUCGUCCUUCUACUCAUGUAUAUGCACCAUCUCGUACACCUGAUCCAUACAGUAGCCAACCUCCCACUCCUUCUCCCGCUUCAAAUUAUUCUUCGCCGAGACCUGAAUCUCGGCAAGAUUCGCAACAGCCUGAAGUGUUCAAUCAACAACCAGAAGUAAACAGGCAGUUACGAGAUUUGUUGCAGAGACAACAGUUUAAUAAAAAGAUAGAACCUGUUAGCACUACAUGGAAUCAAGAUGGUCCAAAUAAUACAGAGAACAAUCAACAACAAUUUGAUACGGGUCAUGUACAACUUCCACAACAUUCUCAAGCGGCAAGUAGUACUAGUGAAGGCACUUUCAGACAUCCUCUACCACCUGGUAUUGUCAGACCUAGGAUGCCUAUACAAUCAAAUGUUUUGAUAAGAAAUCAAAUUGGAAUAAAUUCGAGACAUCCUGUAGCAGGAAAUAUAGAUGCUAGGAUACAAAAUAUAGAUCCACGAACUAGAAUGCUCCUGCAAAGACCGCAAGUAGCUGCGACUAUACCUCAACAGCAUUUUCAGGGAAAUCAAACUUUGCAAACACGAGUGCCAGCUGCGAGAAACACUAUUACAGAACCUUAUGAUGUUUUACAACAACAAAGAUUUCCAGAUCCCAAUCAAGGGCAAAACAUAACGCAACGAAUAGUGCGAACGCCUCAAGAUAAUUUAAAUCAGGGAAUUAGAAUGUUAGGUCAGCAAGGGGUUGGUAUAAGAGCACCCUUGAUACCAACAACAGUUAGUGAGGCCACCGUUAGUCCUUCUGAACCAUCAGAAAUUCCUGAUAACGUCACCGCAGAGCUUGAAAAAUUAGAACAAGAGGGAGCACCGAUGGUUGAGGUCGAGGGCGUGAGUGCAAUAUUAGGAGACUUAGGCGAUGACGACGAUGAACUGCUUGCUGAAAUGGGAGCAGAUUUUAAUAUUUUGGAAUACGCAGAUCCAGAAUUAGACAACAUAACCGGUGGUGAGAAAACAAAUAUACUUGAUUUAGAUUUAGAGCAAGUUGAGGUAGAGACGAAGGACGAAAAACAAAAGAAGGAAGUUAAGGACGAGGAGCGAAAGUCGACAGAAUUAGGCGCAACGAGUGCAGUGCAUACUGACAUAAGCGACACGUGUACGACAACUACUGUACAAACGCCGACAGAGACGUCUAAUGUCCCAACACAAGCACAAACAGUAACACCUAUUACCGCAACAUCACAAACAUCACAGCAACCAUCUACGAUUAUGCCUCAAUCACAUGCUCAAGCUGUUGUUGUACAACAACAAAUGCAUCAGCACGUGCAGCAAGCCGCGGCAAUGGGCCGGCCUAUGCCUCCAGGGACUCGCUUGCUUUCGCCUGAUGGAGCAGUUGGUGUUGUUACAUCAACUAAUACCGUUACGGUCAGUUAUCCGUCCACAUUCCCUGGACAUCCUCAGAGAAUACCGCAAACACAUAUUCAAGUAUCACAACAGCAGCGCCUCAGUAUGAGAGUAGCAAGUGUACCGAAUGUGGCUGGCAGAGUGGUUGCGGUGAAUCAUAUGAUCGGCCCACGUAUGCCUCUUGCACCACCGCCGCCACCACCUCCGCCUCCAUAUCCUGGACCACCGCCCCCUUAUCCCGGACCUAUACAGAUGGGGCUGUGCCCAGGUGGGCGGGGUAUGACGCGGCCCCCAGUCCAUAUAGGGCACCCAGUACCGGUGGCAGGUCCACCAAUGGCCCCUGUGGUACAUACUGGUACGCCCGCAAUGACACCUCACCCUCACCGAAGACCCUUGCUUCUGCAGUGGUGUUCACAGGAACAACCAUUACUGUUGGAGGAGUUGUUGGAACAAGAAAAGCGAGAACAAGAGAAACAACAGCAGCAGCAACAACAACAACAACAACAACAACAGCAGCAGCAGCAACAGCAAAACGACAAUACAACUUCUGGAGGACCCCUUCUAAGUGACAGUGAGUUUGAACAAUUUAAAGCAGAUGUUUUAAGUUCUGCACCCCUUGCUUCUCCUCCACAAGGAAUUACAUCAGUACCUGGAGGAGUUCCUGUAAUUAGGCCACCUAGUACAUCAAGUCCACCAUCCGCUCCAGGUACCAGUUGGCAGCAAGCAGUACCGGAUGCGACGAAACUAGCAGCUCAAGUGCCUAGACAGCCAAUUGCAACUCAAACACCACCGGAACCAAGGGUUGCUACAUUCAAUAUCUCUCAGAUUCCUGCGCCGCCCACACCACCGGAGAAUAUCGUGAACGAACAGGACCGCCAAAUACAACUGCAGUACGAGCAAUGGCUGAACCAUCAGCAUCAAGUGUUGACACAGCAGUUGAAGUAUUACGAAACUGAGGUACAAAAGCUGCGUAAAAUACGAAAAUCUCUCAAUAGCAAACAACGACAACUGCGAAAAUCUGGGAACGAAUUGGCAGAGAACGACGCGGCGGAGCUACAACGCAUUUCCAGCGAGCAAGCAAUAUUGCAAAAACAUCUAGAUGCAAGUCGUAAACAGACUCGUCAGCAUGGCAUGCUGAUACAAGAAUAUCACAGUAAACAGCAACAGAGACAGCCUCAACAAACAAGUGAACCAUGUUCACCGUUGAUGUCGCCUUCCCAACAUUCACCAAUGCACAGCCCUGCCGCGCUUGUUUCUCAAAGUCCGGGCCCUGGAAAUGUCCCAGCGAACAUGAUACAGCAUUCACCGGCAACUCCUAUCAUUCAGCAUAGUCCCAAUACACCUUUGUUACAACACAGUCCUGGUAAUCCACAGUCUGGAAAUCCAGGGACGAUGUCACCACAUAAUAUGCAACAAUCUCCCAGAAUUAGUACUCCACAUUCACAAAACGAAGAAAGCCCCUUCAGUCCUGGCGCCAUGCCAUCGCCAGGAAUAUGUGGUCCUUCGGCAACUCGGAUGACGUCUCCGCAGCAUCGUGCGAUUAUUAGUGGAAGACUCGCAACUAGUCCAGGUGCUUUUACUCCUGAUGCGCGAAAUACGCAACAAAUUAUCGGUGAUCAAGGAGUCAGAGUUCACGGACUUACUCAACGCUUUGUCCGUCCACCCGCCGUAGGAGAACCUGGGCAGAGACCUAGGAUGCAGUUGCAAGGAGGAAUCGUAUAUGGACAACGUUCUCCUCUUGGAAGUCCGCAACCUAACCAACAAUCUUUAAUGAAUCAACAGCAUCAACAAAUGCUUCAGAGACAACAGAUCAUUCAACAGCAACACGAGACAACUGCGAUUCUCCAAGAUGGGCAGAACGCGAUGACUCAGCGUACCUUGCAGAUGGCACAACAGAGACAACAGUUAUUGCAACAGCAACAGCAGCAGCAACAAAUGGCUCAACAACAGAGGCAGCAGUUUCUACAAAUGCAGCAACAGCAGCAGCAGCAACAACAACAACAACAACAACAACAACAACAACAACAUACGAUGCAGAAACCACCAAGCUCUCCAAUGGUAUCUCAACCUGCUAACUCUCCGAGUCCUCAACUUCAUCAACAAAUGCAACAGAAUUAUGGACAACCUCCGAGUUCUCCCAUGCCUCGUAGUCCCAUGGUCCAACAAACGAUGGGUUCACCUAUGCUGCAGCAGCAGCUGAGUCAAACUUCGCAACCUCCUAGUCCCAUGAACACAAGAAUUCACCCACAUCCACCUAAUUCACCAAUGAUAUCGCAGUAUCAGCCACCAAGUCCGAUGUCGCGUAACCAUCCAUCAACAUCUCCGAUGCUUCAACAUCAGUUAAAUAACGCGCAUCAUCCUCCAACGUCUCAACCACCCAGCUCUCCUAUGCCACGCAGUCCUAUGGUUGGUGGUUCACCCAUGCAAAUGCAAAGGAGACAAUCUACUGGGAAUAGUCCAGCGAUGCCAGAUCGACCACAGAGUGUAGAAAAUCCAGGAACACCGAGAACACCACAUACUCCACACACGCCACAUACGCCACAUGGCUCUUACACGACUCAGACUUCGAGUAACCAUACAGUAUCAAGUGAUCAACAGCAACAGUUGCAGCAGCAGCAGCAGCAGCAGCAGCAACAACAACAACAACAACAACAGCAGCAGCAGCAUCAACACCAACAGCAACCAAUUCAACAGGAACAGUCGUCUUCAACGGAUCACACAAAUAGAGGUGGAGGAAAUCCGCACAAUCCACUGAAUCCAUUGCCUUUUGGGCGAUUUGGAUAUAUCAAGUUAGGGCUAAGAGGUGGUUCUCCUAUGUGGUCUACAAAGCCGGAGAGUAGCAAAGGAAAAACAUCUGAAUCGCAUCUUUUAAAUAUGGACGAGAAACCGAAUACGUCGGUGGUUGUUCACAGGAAAACUGGUAUACCGCAAUCAAAAAUUAAUUCGUUGGUGUGCGCAGAUUACAAUGACUUUGACGAUGAUUCGCACACGCCGCCUCAAACUCCACCGACAAAUAUGGAGAACAAGCAGACCACUUCAUUAUCUGACAAUGGCCCUUUAACGUUGGGUAGCCCAAGCAACAAAAUGGAGUCGAUACCUGACACCACUGAUUACGAUGAUGAUAAAACUAUCGUAAAUACAGAAGUAACUUUAAGUUCAACGGCUCAACGAGACAGCGAUGACAUUACUGUUAUUGAUCAAUUUGGAGACUCUGAACUCGUGGACGUGAUAUCAGGAACGUUAGAAGGUGAUAUGCAAGAGGAAUAUGUGCUUUUUGAACCUGGAAUGGUCGUUGACUUGUCAGCAGACAGUAAUGAUUCUCUUUGUCACGCGUUGGUUAACGAAGGCAGUCAAGGACACGACCUAGUGCAAAUAUUAGAAAUCGAAAAUUCUGAAUCUCAAACGGAUGAACCAAUAUUGAGUGAUGAAGAUCUGGUACCCUCUCAUACAAGGAAUAAAAAAGGCCUGAGACUUGACAUAGUAAGAACUUUGCAAUCUGGGAAGAGAUUGGUAGCGGUCACGGACACGCCAGAAUCGCCUGAUCAGGAAGAACUUCGCGUAGAUCCGUCGCCUGGAUCUUACAUGGAUCAAUCACCCGAACAAGAUCUCAUGGUGUCUUUUGUUGGCGAAUCCGAGGUAGUAAUUAUCGAUCCUAGUACGAAAUCGCCUGAGGAUAAUCUGUCUAAAGAAUCGUGCCCGGAGGAAUUAGAAAAAGCUGAUACCACCAGUGUUUCCGAAGUAUCAAAAGAUAAUGCUAUCGUAGAGAGUACUGCUGAAGAACAAUCAAAAGUUCAAAAAGAAUCAAAACCAACUAGAAGUCCCACGUCGUUUGUGUUUUCCGACAAAGUCCUUUACAAUCAAAUCCCACCAUCGAGUAUACAUCAUGCAAAUAUUGGCGUGUCAUCUGCAUGUAGAUCUAUAGUUUCUUUUCCAAUCUCUACAAAUAUAAGUAUUAGUGCCGAAAAUACAAAUGCUAUCGCUGCGUCUACCAAUGUUCUGCUAGUUACGGAUGCAACUAUUAAAUCGACUCCAAUUUUUACAACCCUGAGCAUAACGACGAAAGAGACGAUGUCUCCUUCUUUCAACAAUCAAAAACAAUUGCCAUCGACAAUAGCGAGCAUCGUAGCGGAUGCCAAAAUUGCUGCCAAGCUUAGCCAGACAGCUUUGGAAAACAUCGUGGCCAGUUCACAGCAAAACGUGGUAAAGCCAGAAGUUUUGUCGAAAAUCAAUUCACCGAAUACGGAGAUUCUUAGACCUCAAGUUACAACUGCGGAAAGAACAGUGUCGUCCGUAUGCAAUGUACAAAAUGAAUUCACCAGUUUUGCGCAAAAUACUGCCGCAAGUACGACAGGAGAGGCAUUGAGUAAUCCCACGAAAUUAAUUUUGAGCGUGCAACCAACAUCUGUUACGCUGUCGACACCAAAAAUGUCUAUACCUGAUCUUCCUAAAAAAGAAAAUGGAAAUAACUCUGUUACUGUGACGAAAGAAAGUCAAUUGGAAAUUUCAGACAAAAGUACGAAAGUGAAAAAUGAGAAGGACGAACUCGAUCAUUCGAUAAAAAAUUCAAAAGAAUCUACUGUGGAUACCAUGAAUGUAAAUAUAGCUGCGAGUGUAACUGGCAGUCAAGAAUUAACUUCAGCUGAUGAUAAGAAAAAUGAUCCUUUGAACACCACUGAUGAAUUGGAGAGUAUGCUUGAGGCUAUUCACAAUCCUGCUGAAAACGCCGUAAGUAGAGAGAAUUCUCAUACAGAAAGUAAAACAGAUGCUGCUUCUUCAUUGAAAAGAAUAUCACCAGUUACAGAUGAUUUAUCGCUAGUAAAUAUUUUAGAAAACGAUUCAGAGCCAGUUGAGAAUGAAAAUAAGGAGGAAAGCGUGGCAACUUCUGAAGCUCAAAGAAUGAACCUAAAGCCAAAAGAAAUUGAAACCAGCAUUACAGAGAAUACUAAUUUGAAUGUCCCUCAAAAAGAAAAAAAGUCUAACGAACUAUGUACUGAAACUGAAACCAGUAAACCUUAUGCACAGCAUUGCCUUAACGAAGAAAAGAACAUAAUGGAAGAAUCAUCUGAUGAUAUAUUGGACAUGUUACAUAACAUCAUAUCUUCUAAGCCAGAAAUGGCUAACAGCGAAAUACUUCAAGAGGACAGAUCUAGAAAAUCGAGCAUGAUGUACGAAUUGCCAACACCUUUAGACACCUUACCUCUAAACAUUCUUCAAGACUCUUUAAUGGAUCUAGAACAAGAACAAUCAGAUAACGAACCUAGUGUUUUAUCUAACGAGAACAAAGGACCAAAAGUACAGAAAACCAGUCCGCCACCUGUCGAACCUGCCCCUAAGAAGAGCUCGCCCCCACAUCAGAGUGCUCCUUUAGUAGUGAGUACAGUCGCGCAAUUGCAAAAAUGCACAACGACAGUGCCUCAUCUCUCUCCUUUGUCAAAACCUACAGAGCUGACGUCGAAUGUCGCCAAUGUGUCGCAUCAGUUAAGAACAUUGCUCUCUUCUCUACAGACAAAUCAUUCACAGAAUUGUACAACCGUAAAUCAAACCGCCAUCGUGACAAUGGUAUCCUCAGCGAUCUCAGGGCCAAAAGUAGGGAUACUAUCUACGACCAGCACAUCCUCGCCAAACUCUGUAAAUAAUCUUCACAGUAGCACGAACGUGCGGUUGCAGACCUCUAUGGCCACGUCUCAUUCUACGAUCACGAGCAAAUCUGAACUAGAUACCACAACGACCAGUUAUACCCCGCAUACAAAGGAAAGUACAAAUUCUACAGUAAGCGUUGUUUCUACUUUGUCUAAGGUUACCCUCUCCGAACCAUUUUUACGUGUCACAUCCAGCGGAGUACAGUCGCAAGCCAGUAAUAAUCUAUCGCUACAAACAUCAUCUGUGAUCACCCCCAGGCCGCUGACCAAUUCAGGUAUUUCGAUUACGUCAAACGCAAUGCUAAACGCAAUGCUGGCUGGCACAAAUUCGGCGAAAUCUUCUAUCGCUGGUCAUCGAACGAAUACAGUCCCCACGCAAGCAGGUAAUUUACUAAGCUCGGUAAUGGCGACGUCUGUACAACGCACGCAGAGCCUUCAAGCGAUCUUGCAAGUAAGUUCAGGCUGCUCUUCGGCGCCUUCUCGCGUGGUUGUGAACGCAACGUCGACGACGGUCACAACAUCUAUGCAGUGCGUCAGAACCAUCGUACCUCCUAUAGUCACUGCAAGCACCAAUAGCAUUAACGUCACCACCAGUAUACUGCAAUCUACCUUGUCUCAAACACCGACACUCUUGCAUUCUCAGCUCAUUUCUGGCCAAGGUCAGUAUAAAACAACCAGCCAUUUACCUGUAGAUACUAAGAGUGCUGAUCUUGAGAGACUGGCGCAGAGUACACCGUCGAAAAAGGAAUCAGAAGAAUCCAAUUGCAAACCGCAGCCGGCUCUUGAAAAACCGUCAACCACUAGAUCCGAAUUGGAGAUAAACAAAAGCUCGGCUGGUUCUCACAGAAUAGAGGAAUCUCAGAAUGUAUUGUUGAAGCAACUGCUACAGAACACCGCGUGUGCAACGACGACUUUAUGCUCUGGUUCUUCACAAGGCCCCAGCUUGCCACUGGUGCCAUCGUUGGAGGCGCAGUUGGCGAGGCCAGUACCGCCAACUCCGUUCUCCGUUUUACCACCUUUGUUGAACGAGGUGCCAGCACCUAAGACCACCAGCAACAAACAAGUUCUGAACAGGGAGACGUCGUUUUUGUCGCAGUCGGUUACACCUUUGAAAGUGCAAAGUCCACCGACCAAAGAAGAGCCACCGAAACCACCUCCACCAUUAACAACUUCUGCACCAGUCAUAUCUCAGCAACGUAUGUCUGACCCAUUUCCAAAGCAACAGAUAACUACCCAGUCAACGAAGACGACGACCACCCCUGUAUUAACCCAGACGAAUCAACAACCAACGGUGACGGUGACCAAGCAAUUACCACCAUCGCUUACGACGAAGAUCUCGGAAACGACAACCUCCGUAAAGCAAGAACCACCUAGCACCAUCACACAGCCAUCGUCUAAGCCAACGAGCGAGACUGUUGUUAAUAGCACCGUUCCAGCGCAGCAGCAAUGCAUUGUAUCGACUCCAAUAACUGUGUCACGAGUGGUGCCACAAACGAAACCGGUGAUUACAACAGUAGCUGGCAAGAGUGUCCAAUCCACGACGCAAGUAUCGAGUACUGUUCAAACAACACAGCAACCAUUGACGACCGUCACGAGCGUGCAGCAACCACAACAGACACAAGCACAGACUCAACCUCAGAUAGCAGUUACCCCGAAACCUAUUGUCUCAACCCAGCAACAACCCCCACACGUAAACACAAUUCCGCCAACAGUGCCUCAUACGGUGUCUCACACUGUGGGCCACCAAGCCCAGGCGUCACAGGGUGCAAAUGCACAACACACAGUGCCUUUAGUGGAAGUCAAAAAGGAAGUUCUUGAUGACGUUCUAUGUAGCGGUACACCUACCCAAUUAACCGAUACCAAAGACUUUCUUACUGCCAAAGAGGAGCUCAUUGAUGGAUCGAUUGACGACAAAACUGAUCUCAAGAAGUUGAAAAGGCGACAAUACCAACAGAAGAGGAAGCAAAGCCAAGGGAAAGAUGCGACGGCAGCACCUCAGAAAAAGCGUGCUAGGAAAGUGUCCCGAUUAGAUGAGGAUUAUGACACGUUUAUUGACAAUUUAAUGGCACAAUUGCGGCAACUUCAGCCAAUGGCAGUAUUGGAACCACUUCUAGGCAAAAAUUACGGCGUUUGUCCUAUCUUUGGCUCGGGAGACCUGACGAAAAUCGGCAGUCAGAAAGAUUACAACACCAGGACAGGAGACUUAGUUGGUUCAUACGGUUCUGCUACAUUGCCGGGUGUAUCUGAUCAUUACAACACUCAACCAUUCGGUGAAUUGGAGCCCCUACCACCUCAACAGCCUGCUUCUACUCAAAGAGGAUUUUACGAUCAAGAAUUUCCACCUCUUAAAUUAGAUGAUUCCGACGAUAAGAAGGAAAAUUCGUUGUCAAUGAAUCGUGAUGUCGAUUCCCCCGAUACAAUAGUCAGUUCAUCUUCGCCCGAAUGUGUCAUUCCGGAAUUCAUACAUCGAUUCCCAGGUUUGAGAUUGAUCGAGGAAGAAUCGGAUGAGGAAUCAGAUUGGCUGAAACGAGUGUCACCUGUGAUACCUUUAAUUUCACCGAUACCAAUUAGGUUGAAGCCGACGUACAUCGGUAAAGACAUCGCCAAACAGGAUAAAGAGAAUUUAGGAAUACCACGGCUUGGAAAGUCACCUCCGAUACCUUUGAGAGAUGGAAACGUAACAGUCACAUUAACGUUAAAUAGUCAGGCUGCUGACGACAUAAUGGGAGUACUUAAAGAUUUGGCUAAUAUCUUAAAUAUAGCUCCUCCCACUGGUUACCAGAUAGUAGAACGUACUACUACUCCUCCUAGUCAAAAAUUAGGUCUUUAUAGAAUCAAGGGAAAAGAUGGUAAAGAGGGAGGUGUGUAUUUUAAUGCAAUACAAAUUAUUAACAAAGCUCCAAUUGAUAUACAAAGUAUUUUGAACGGCGCCGCCAAAUUCUGUCGUCACUGCGAUGUUGUGAUAUUGAAUAGCUUAAUAAGGAAAAAAGUAUCUGAUUUACCAUUUUUAAGUAAGGAAGAGGCUGAACCCGGUGAUGAAUUGUGUUUCUGUUCGGCAGCCUGUUACAUGCAAUUCGCUCUUAUGCAUAGAACACCUUCAAACACUCAAGAUAAGGCUGCAACGAUAGUAGACCAUUUAUGUCAUAAAGUAGAUACUAAGGUAUUGGAUGACGACUUCAAGAAAGGAAAGAAAUACAUAGUGAAACAGCCGAUCGAUCAUGUUGAAAAUAUGGAAGUCGAUCAGACGGAGAAGGAGACCGAAAUUAAGAUAAAAAUGGAAAAGGAAGAGCAAGAUACUCUCGAGACGAAAGAAGAAAUCGCAGAAGACAAACGGCCAAAGAAACAUUCGGCUAUGGAUGAGUCUGUCAUUGAGCCGACUGACCUACCACCACCUGCAAAAAUAUGGAAAGGUCUGCGAUACAAAACGUGGUCUGUUGGCUUGAUGCAACCUUCGACGAAGUACAAAAAACCAACCGACAAAGAAAUUACAGAGAUGCUUUUCCGAAUGGGGGUAACUGUAGUGCCUGCCAAAGCGGAAGACAGUCGACGAUGCAUGUUUUGUCACAGUCAAGGUGAUGGUACAGCCGAUGGUCCCGCUAGACUGCUUAAUUUUGACGUCGACAAAUGGGUGCAUUUAAACUGCGCCCUUUGGUCGGAAAAUGUGUAUGAAACUGUAAAUGGUGCCUUGAUGAAUCUCGAUACCGCUUUGCAACAUAGUCUUGUAUUAAACUGUAUUGUCUGUGAGAAACCGGGAGCUACCGUGAAAUGUUUUAAAAUGCGCUGCACCAACGUGUACCACCUUGGCUGCGCUGUUAAAGAUGGCUGUGUUUUUUAUAAGAAUAAGAGUACCUACUGCUCUCAGCACGUGCAAAAGAACGAAAAGGAUAACGAACUGACCACGCUUUCCGUCUAUAGAAGAGUGUACGUGAACCGUGACGAAAAUAGACAAGUCGCAGCUGUGAUGCAUCACUCGGAACACAAUCACCUGCUGAGAGUCGGGAGCCUGAUAUUUUUAAGCGUCGGACAGCUGCUUCCACAUCAACUCGCCAACUUCCAUACACCUAAUUACAUAUACCCCGUCGGAUACAAGAUCGUCAGAUUUUAUUGGAGCAUGAGACGACCGAACAAACGCUGCCGCUAUGUCUGUUCUAUCCACGACGUCUCCGGUCGGCCCGAAUUCCGCGUCCUGGUCCAAGAACCCUUGCAAGAGGACGUUGAACUGCGAGAUGCUACUCCCCGCGCUGUUUGGAGCAGAAUCCUCGAGCCUCUCGCCGAGCUACGAAGAUCGACGCACAGUGUCCAGCUAUUUCCGCGUUACGUUUCCGGCGAGGAUCUAUUUGGACUUACCGAGCCGGCGGUCGUUCGCGUCCUCGAAAGUCUUCCAGGCAUCGAAACACUGACCGAUUACAGAUUUAAAUACGGUCGAAAUCCCUUGUUAGAAUUACCGUUAGCGAUCAAUCCUACCGGCAGCGCGAGAACGGAGGCUCGUCUUCGCAAUCAAUUACCUUGGAAGAGGCCGCACACGCAGCGUACAGGCUCCUCGGCCAGAGCAGCAUUCGUUCCAACCGCGACGGUCGCAGGCGAAGUGGCGUGUCCCUAUUCCAAGCAAUUUGUCCAUUCAAAGAGUUCUCAGUACAAAAAGAUGAAGCAAGAGUGGCGGAACAACGUGUACCUGGCACGAUCAAAAAUACAAGGCUUGGGACUGUACGCUGCGCGCGAUCUGGAGAAACACACAAUGGUCAUUGAGUACAUCGGGGAGAUCAUUCGUACUGAAUUGGCUGAGACUAGGGAGAAGCAGUAUGAAGCGAGGAAUCGUGGUAUUUAUAUGUUUCGCUUGGACGAGGAAAGGGUAGUCGAUGCAACGUUGUCUGGAGGUCUCGCUAGGUACAUCAAUCACUCUUGCAACCCGAAUUGUGUCGCUGAAAUAGUCGAGGUUGAACGUGAUCUUAGAAUCAUAAUUUUUGCGAAACGAAGAAUCUCACGUGGCGAGGAGCUGGCAUACGAUUACAAAUUUGACAUUGAAGAUGACCAGCACAAGAUAGCAUGCGCAUGUGGCGCGCCUAACUGCCGCAAGUGGAUGAAUUAAAGAGCUCGAUCCACCGUUGUUGUUAUUGUUACUACGUUAUUGGUUUGACUAAUUGAUUCAUAGUGAAGUUGGUGCUAUGCCAUCACAACAUUCCUCCAAAGUUGUACAAUAUUAGUUUUACUUUACAAAAUAUAGAAACAUUGAUCGCUUGUA